AUGGAGGGUGGGAGGCAGUCGCGCCUGCUCAGCCGCCUCUUGGGCAGGCUGCGUGGCGAUCAUCAUCGGGAGACGCUAGACCAUAACUUUUCGAUGACGUCCACCGCCUGUAGUACCGACAGUGCUGGAUUCGUCAGCGCGAACGAUGAAGAAGAUGCUCCAGCACCAUCACCUGCUCCAGAACCAUCACCUACUCCAGAACCAGCGACCUCCACCUCCCCCGCAGAUGAUGACCAGUUCGCUGCUAAUAUCGAUCUAAGAUACAGCGGGCAAUACUUGACACCAGAGCAGCUGCCCGAGUUCUGCAACCAGCUCCAUCACCUGGUGGAAGUGAUCAGGAACAUACAGUCUUACGCCAAAGUGACAGGAGAGUAUCCAAGUGAGAUGGAGAGGCGGCUGGAGCGCGAGGCGCGCGAGGUGGCGGCUCUGGCGGGCGAGGCGCGGCACGCGCGCGACUCGCUGUCCCGCUCGCGCACGCAGCGCGCCGCGCUGCUCGCGCUGCGCCAACACCUCGCCCGCCACCUGGAGACACUCAGGCACACAGAAAUCCGCGAAUUGGAGAAUCUGGUGCGUGUAUCAGACCGUAAGUUGUACAGAAGUUGGGAGGCUCUAAAAGAUUCUUCGGAUCCGGCUGCCUUUGAUCCCUUACUGGACGAAGUCAAGAGUAAACAGACUGCAUUAGAAGGCCUCGUGCGUUUGAUAAACAACCGUCGCUUAAAUAUUUCCCGCGCUGCAAUUGUACCUCGUCCGUUGCCAGCGCCACCUCGUGAGGACGAUGAGUCGACAACUACCGCGGGGUCGGUGCGAAGGAGACAAGAGAUGGGUCGUCGCGCGGCAUACAAGCGGAGAAAAAGAGACACGACGAGGGAACCGCGAUCUGAACCGAUCUCUGGGGAGUCCAGUCGGCACACACCUACUGUACAGGUAACAGUGGGACAACCGACGCUGGAGCUGGUGACCCGCGCCAGCGUCCGAGAUAUAUUAUUCUUUACCAGCAAUUAG